UAAUUUAAUUAUAUUUCACCCCAUCCAGCCAAUCACAGCCCUGUAUUUUCACUCUUCGCUGCUGAAAAAGUAAAUAAUAAAGUAGAACCAGAGCAACCGCCUUUUCACUUUUUUGCGGCCCGUUGUACCCUGGUCCCCCUUUAACAGAUUGCCCCAUCUCUCGCUACUCAACCUCACUUCUUCUUCCUUCUCUGUUUCCUCUCCUUCUCUUUUUAUCUCCAUACAUAAACGCCACAAUCCCGCAGCUUCAUUCUCUCACGCCGAGUCUGGAGAGGAGAGAUUGACCAUAACCCUCGAUAUGGCGACCAUCCAGGACCUCAACAACGCGACUGCAUUCGCCUCCCCCGUCGCCGACGCCAACUUCGCCUCGUUCGUCGAGAACCCCUUCGUCGACAACAUCAUCCAGACCCUCGGCAGCUUGUCAGGAUGGCACAUGGCCUUGACCAUCUUCCUGGGCCUCGUCGUCUAUGAUCAGGUCAGCUACAUUUCCAAGAAGGGAUCCAUUGUCGGCCCCGCCUUCAAGAUCCCAUUCAUGGGCCCCUUCCUCCAGUCCGUGAACCCCAAGUUUGAGGAGUACGCGGCCAAGUGGGCAAGCGGCGAGCUCAGCUGCGUCUCCGUCUUCCACAAGUUCGUCGUCAUCGCCUCCACCCGCGACAUGUCCCGCAAGAUCUUCAACUCCCCCCAGUACGCGAAGCCCUGCGUCGUUGACGCCGCUCAUAAGCUCCUCGGCCACGACAACUGGGUCUUCCUCGACGGCAAAGCGCACGUCGACUUCCGCAAGGGUCUCAACGGCCUCUUCACCCGCUCCGCGCUCGACAUCUACCUCCCCGGCCAAGAAGACGUCUACAACGAGUACUUCAAGAAGAUGGUCCAAGUGACCGCCGACGCCGGCGGCAAGCCCGUCCCCUUCAUGGCCAACUUCCGCGAGGUCACCUGCGCCGUCGCCCUCCGCACCUUCUGCGGAACCUACAUCACCGACGAGGGCGUCAAGAAGAUCGCCGACGACUACUUCCACAUCACCGAAGCCCUCGAGCUCGUCAACUUCCCCAUCAUCAUCCCCUUCACCCGCACCUGGUACGGUAAGCGCGCCGCUGACCUCGUCCUCGCCGAAUUCUCCCGCUGCGCCGCCAAGUCCAAAGCCCGCAUGGCCGCCGGCGCUCCCGCAAACUGCAUCAUGGACCAGUGGGUGAAGACCAUCCUUGAUUCCGCAGCCUACACCGACCGUCUCAACUCCGGCGCCUCCAUGGAGGGAAUCACCAAGCCCGCUCCCCUCCUGCGCAUGUUCUCCGACUACGAAAUCGCACAAACGGUCUUCACCUUCCUCUUCGCAUCCCAGGACGCUACCUCCAGCGCCGUCACCUACCUCUUCCAAACCAUGGCCCAGCGCCCCGAUGUCCUCGACCGUGUUCGCGCUGAGAACCUCCAGGUCCGCGGCGGCGACCGCGACAAGCGCGUCACAAUGGACGAUCUCGAUGAAAUGACCUAUACCCGCGCCGUAGUCCGCGAACUCCUCCGCUACCGCCCCCCAGUGAUCAUGGUCCCCUACCUCGUCAAGAAAGCCUUCCCCAUCACCCCCGAGUACACGGUCCCCAAGGGCGCAAUGGUAAUCCCGACCACCUACCCCUCUCUGCGCGACCCUGAAGUCUACCCGAACCCCGACACCUUCGAGCCGGAGCGCUGGAUCUCGGGCGAUGCGGAGACGAAGGGGGCGAAGAACUUCUUGGUCUUUGGGACGGGGGCGCAUUAUUGUCUGGGACAGGUUUAUGUGCAGAGGAAUUUGGCGCUGUUGGUGGGGAAGGCGAGUAUGAGUUUGGAUUGGGUGCAUCAUGCUACGCCAUUGUCGGAGGAGAUUAAGGUUUUUGCUACGAUAUUCCCGAAGGAUGAUUGCCCAUUGACAUUCACCGAUCGCCCAGAGUCAGCGAAUGGGUUGUAAACAAAAACUAGUCCUCAUUGUGACGAUUGUACCUACCACCAUAUCUUGUUCGGACCCGAUCCGAUAGUGUGUCUGCACACUUUUAAUGCCCCCGCUCUGCUUCACGCCGACGGGGGAUGGAUGGAUGGAAGGACGGCGUUCUUCAUUUUUCUUUAUUAAUGGGAUUUUGCUACGGAAAACUUCGUUUUAAUUUUAUGCUUAAUAAUGGACGGGAGUGGGCAGAAAGAUGGUGUAUUUUCUGCUGUUUUUGAUGCGGUUGGCAUAGGGAGGGAUGGGAUAGAACAUGAAAGGGGGGGAGGAGGUAGUACAUAGUGUGUGUAUCCGUGGUAGAGGGGGAG